UCUCAUCCUGUCCUGUAUGAAUUAGUGUCAGUGGUAUGGCCAAGACGCACACUGUGAUCAGACGUUCACAAUAGGAUCUCCGGCGUGGCAAAUGGCUAAAACCUACGAUUACCUCUUCAAGCUCUUGCUCAUAGGAGACAGCGGAGUUGGAAAGACGUGUCUUCUGUUCCGCUUCAGCGAGGACGCGUUCAACACCACCUUCAUCUCCACCAUCGGAAUUGACUUCAAAAUCAGGACUAUUGAGUUAAAUGGAAAGAAAAUCAAACUCCAGAUAUGGGACACUGCAGGACAGGAGAGGUUUAGGACCAUUACUACUGCAUACUACAGAGGAGCCAUGGGCAUUAUGUUAGUGUAUGAUAUCACUAGUGAAAAGUCCUUUGAAAACAUCAAGAACUGGAUCCGGAACAUAGAGGAGCACGCUUCAUCAGAUGUCGAGCGGAUGAUCCUCGGAAAUAAAUGUGACAUGAAUGACAAGAGACAGGUGUCUAAGGAGAGAGGAGAGAAGUUGGCGAUAGAUUAUGGAAUCAAGUUUCUAGAAACCAGCGCAAAAACUAGCGUAAAUGUGGAAGACGCCUUUUUCACCCUAGCGAGAGACAUUAUGGCCAGACUCAACAGGAAAAUGAAUGACGGCAGUAAUUCUGAAGGAGGGCCACCGAUAAAGAUCACAGAGAAGCGUUCCAAGAAGCACAGCUUAUUCAGGUGCACGCUCCUAUAACAGACUCCAGCGAGUGGAAUGCAUCUAAGGACUUGAUCUGUCUAGCUGUAGAAUCAGCUGGUAUGAAGGGUCAUCUGAGCCUCUAGUGAGAGGUGUGCACUCAUGUUCUUAAUGAACGGGGAGACUCCUGUUCAGACAGACCAGCGGGCGAGUUGGCAAAAAAGGAUACCGAGGAGUUCGAAGUACCUUGUUUCAGAAAUAUCUUAUAGUUUCUUUUUGUGAUAAUCACGGCACAUCUUUUUUUUUUUUUUAUAAUAUCAAAGCUUGAAUUAUUCCUUUUAUAGAGCCUUUGUUCCUAUUUUAUAAAGCUUUUAUAAGCAUAACAAGUGUUAUACUGCCGUUACACAUUGUAUAUGAGCAGAUGAUUAUCUCUAAAAAUCUGUAGUAUGAUUAGCUAAUUGUAUAUAAUUAAAGUGCACCUUUUAAAGAUUUAAGUGCAGGUGGAAUUCGAGCAUAUUAUAUAUAUAUAUAUAUUGGAAAAUGUCUCUUGGUUUGUCUCACAGGCACAUAACUAUGUAUAGCACUGACAGAGAUCCUGCACUCCUCACAUUGUGGAGGCUCAAAUAUAGAACAUGACAGCUGAAGAGCAUGAUGGGUAAAAGUACACAUCUACAGUCUGUCCAUGUGUCUGUAAAGCUGCAGCCGGUCAAAACGGAGACAUGAGGUUUAUAGCGCACAUGUAAGGCCAGGGGUCACUGCUGUGGUCCUGUCUUCUUUUUUUUUUUGAAAAAGACACCUAAUUGAGCUUAUCAACCUAGGGGUCAGUGUGUGAGAGCAGCAAAAUCACUAAACUGUGUCCUGGUCAUGCAUGGUAGGAUUAUUUACAUCUCUCUCUGGUUAAUUAAUUCAUCUUAAACUGGUUGCAUGUUCAGGAUUGACUUUUGAUGAAUGGUUUCAAAUAUCUGUAUAUGAAUGUAUAGGAAAACCACUAAUGCAUGCUUUUAGUGUUGUAUGUGUAAUGAAUUAUUAAUUUUUACAUGUUGGCAUUCUUGCUGCUAUGUAUAUUAACAAAAUAUCACCUCUUCUUAUUGCUGUUUGUCAAAAAAGCCCACAGUACCUUUGGUUUACACACUCCAUAACUCUGUGAUAUCUAUUACUAGUAGCUCUUUGAAGGAAAAUACAAUUAUAAAAAUAGUGUGUGUGUGUGUGUGUGUUGUGUGUCUGUUUGUGUUCGGGUGAAUAUUUAUGUAUUCUGUACCCAGUUAUGUUGCAUAAGUAGCAUUUAUUUCACUGGUGCCAAUGCUCUUAAUGUAGUUGAAAUUUGAAGGUGAUAAAUCAAAGUGUUUCUGUUGCACUUUUCACGUUUCAGAAGAAGGAAAGUUUCAAAAAUAGUCUGAUAUAACGAGUCAGCAAUAAAAAGUUCUUUGCUAAGAUAUUUGUUUCCUCUUUCCAGCCCAAGAGUUCUGAGAGACCUUGGAAAUAUCUGUACACGAUUCAGUGGGGGUUUUUUUCCAGAAACUGCAGUAGUGACUCUGCUUUAGCGCUUCUUAACAAAUACAAGCAAAUGUAGCUUCAUUAUUCCAGCCUUGAUGUUCAGACCGUUGUGACUAGUGUCAUUGUAGUCCAUGCGUAUCUGUAGCUUUCCCUUUUUGGUUUGAUUUGAGUUAUUUUUUUGUUGUGAUUGUUCACAGUGUACUGCCAUCUGUCAGUUCAGAAAAACAGCCUGCUCAUCCUGGUAGGCAAAUGAUUGAUUGUGUAAAACAAAAACAGUAUAACCUCUAAUUUCUAGUGUGAUUUUUUUUUUUUUUUUAUUAAUUGUGAAACUUUUUGUACCACACAUAACUAAAGUAAAAUUGCAUAGUAUUAUG